UGUGUUUCUUUCUCUGCCCCUCCCCUGUUCACGCUCUGUCACUGAAGGAAAGUGCCUGUCUGGAGAUCCCGUUAAUUUUCUCUAUAACUUCCAGGAACUUCUGUAAUCUGCAUAUAAUCCCUUAUCAGAUACACAGGUUUCUCAGGCCAGACGGAAGGCAUUCCCAUGAAACCUAUUGUAACUGCAAUGGCUUAAAGCAAGGAAGUAAUUAUCAUUAAUUUAUAAAGAAAAAAAUUGUUGGUGUUCCCAGACACAAAGAAGAGCCUCUCUUAGUUUUUUCUGAGACCUUAGGGCACAUCCUACUAACGGAUGCGCAAAAUAAGUCAAGAUAAAGUACAGAUGCUCACAGACACAGGUCAGAGCCUGGGGGCUGAGAUGCUGGGUGUGAUCCCCAGGAGGGAGUGCGAGUGUGUCACUGUCCCUGCCUCUGUGUCGCCCACUGCAAAACCAAGGCCGAGUACUAUUUUUGCUUCUCUUCUCAUAAAAGGGUCAGCCACCAUGUCGCCUGCGGGGCUGCUGCUCAGCUCCCUGCUCCUGGUCUGCUGUCUGCUGCCCCCAGGUGCCCAGGGCCAGGAGUUCUCACUGAGGGCGGAGCUCCCCCGCCCCGUGGGGCCUGCGGGAGGGUCCUUCGUGGUAAACUGCAGCACCGAUUGCCCCAACCCCAGAGUUAUCACCCUAGAGACCUCCCUACUCAAGAAGCCCGUGGGCAGUGGCCUGCGCUGGGCAGCCUUCGAGCUCAGCGACGUGACUAGUGACAGCCUGAUCCUCUGCUCCGGCUUCUGCAAUGGCAUCCAGAUGACAGGCUCCUCGGUCAUCACAGUAUAUCGGCUCCCGGAGCGAGUGGAGCUGGCACCCCUACCCCCCUGGCAGCCCGUGGGCGAAAACCUCACCCUGCGCUGCCAGGUGGCUGGCGGGGCGCCCCGGGCCAACCUCUCGGUGGUGCUGCUCCGCGGGGAGCAGGAGCUGAGCCGGCAGCCGGCCGUCGGGGAUCCAGCAGAGGCCACGGCCACGGUGCUGGCGGGCAGAGACGACCACCUCGCCAAUUUCUCAUGCCGCACGGAACUGGAUCUGCGGUCCCAAGGGGAGGGACUGUUCCAGAACAGCUCGGCCCCCCGGCAGCUCCGAACCUUUGCCCUGCCCAUGACUCCUCCACACCUCGUUGUACCCCGGCUCUUGGAGGUGGGAACCACGUUUUCCGUGAGCUGCACCUUGGACCGGCUGUUCCCGGCCUCCGAGGCCCAGGUCCAACUGGCGUUGGGGAACCAGAAGCUGAAUCCUGCAGUCGAGAGCCACGGGGAUACGGUCACGGCCACGGCAACAGCUACAGCGAGCGCGGAGCAGGAGGGCGCCCGGGACAUUGUCUGCAACAUGACAUUGGGGAGCGACAGCCGGGAGGCCCGGGAGAACUUAACCGUCUACAGCUUCUGGGGGCCCAUCCUAAACCUGAGUAAGUCCAACGCCUCCGAGGGGACCGAAGUGACUGUGACUUGCGUGGCUGGAGCCGGAGUCCACGUCACGCUGGACGGAGUUCCCGCUGCGGCCCCUGGCCAGCCGGCCCAGAUUCAGUUAAACGCCACCGAGAGGGAUGACGGGCGCAACUUCGUCUGCAAUGCCACACUCGAGGUGGAUGGGGAGAUCUUACACAAAAACAGGAGCGUCCAGUUGCGUGUCCUGUACGGUCCCAAGAUUGACCAAGCCAAAUGUCCCCAGCACUUGACGUGGAAAGCCAGGACCACCCAUAUCCUGGAGUGCCAGGCCCGGGGCAACCCGGACCCCCAGCUGCACUGUUUUAAGGAAGUCUCCUGGACGAAAGUGCCCGUCGGGGUCCCAUUCACCGUCACGUUAAACUACAGUGGUACCUACUCCUGCCGGGCAGUCAGCUCACGAGGCACACACACUGUAACCGUGGUGAUGGACGUUCAGGAUCGGAAUCCCCAUGCCGUCACCGUCGCCAUGGUGGUGUUAACGACCCUGGGGUUUGUGACUACCGCCGCGGCCUUAGUGUACGUCUUCGGGAUGCAGAAGCAGAGUGACAUUUACCAUGUGAAUCCGGGGAGCACUUGGUUGCCCCUGACGUCUAGGCAGCCCGAAGGGCCUGUGGGGGAGGAGCCAUCCUGAACCUCGAAUCUGGGGGAGGCUGGGGGUUUGGCUGUAUCCCGGGGUUCUGCACCAAUAAAGCCCUCAAAAUCCGGA